CGACUAAGACGCACAAUUUUCGACUCCUUCAAAGUAAUUUCAUCAAUUGAAAUAGAUAACCAGUUACAACAAACUCAAUUACUAAAAUAAAACAUUGAAUAUGUUGUUUGAGGAGCUAACAAUCCUCCAGAGCUAUUCGGCUUGUGAUGUCUCAGAUGCGUUGCUCAAACUAAAUGUUCCAGGCGCUGGACUAAUUCCUGAUAUGCUGCCAUUUGCCCCGCACGCGCCCUACUCCGCAGAUCUCGACAGUCAGGCGAAGGUGGUUGGUCCUGCGUCAACAGUGGCGUUCGUCCCCAAAGACCCCGAUCAAUCGUCAACUCAAGCUUUUGAUCCUAACACGCCCAUGUGGAUUCCAAACAUUCCGCCGGGGACACACUAUGUCGAUCUCACCAGCCCAGAGACGGUGGUUGUCAUGAGCCAGCCCCCAGACCAACGUUGCGCCGUCCUGGGGGGUAUUAUGGCUGCACGGAUGAAGGUGCGUGGGGCAAAAGGAGUGGUUGUGGGAGGGAGAGUGCGAGAUCUGCGCGAGCUACGGUCCGUGGAUCUGCCGAUCUGGGCCCAGUCAACCUCUACCGUUGGAACCGCCCUUGAGGCAAAACCCUAUGCCAUUGAUGUCCCCAUUUCUGUCAAUGGUCGAAAUAUUCAGCCAGGAGAUAUUAUGUUCUGCGAUCCUCUGGAAGGAGUCGUUGUCAUACCACAGAAAGAACUUGAAAAUGUACUUCAGCUUCUUCCACGACUAACUGAAGCGGAUGACCGGGUCAAGGAAGAUAUCUAUCAAGGAGGAUCGGUUACAGCUGCAUUUGCCAAACACCGAAGCAGUCUUUGAGAUGCAGAGACCUUCCUGUCCAUCUGUAAGGCUGCAGCAGGUAGUCAACAACGAGCAGGCUAAUUUUCAUAAGUUUAUUCUCUAAUAGCGUACUUGCAUUGCAAUGGAUGCAUGUCAUUUGCUCAUUUAUUAGGCCAUGCAAAGAGAAAAAAAAAACAAUGGAUUGUCUAUAUUUUUCACUAUUUGAAGGGUC